CACUCACUCACUCUCUCUCUUUCCCGCAUCACUCCGCGUGUGUGACGUGUGUUCGUGCGCUGUCCCGGGAAUCACAGUGCUGAAACCGCCGCAUCAGCCACCCGGAGCCACUCCGACACCGUCCAGCGGAACCUAAACUCGCGGCGUGAUCGGAUUACACAUCCCCGAUGAAUUGUCCCGAGGAAUCGCGCGAAGGCAACGCGAAAAACUGCAGCAGAAUAACAUUUGCUCGCGAAGCGACCGAAGACAUGCGGCGUCCGCACGAAGAAGCAUCACCUGCAGAAGCGCGGAGGUAUCGCUUUAACCUUUAGGUGCAGAUACCUGAACGCGGACCUGAAUGAUUUCACACCACUGAGGGAUGCUGCUUUAACACAUGUGGCAUGCGACUUUGAAGCUUUACUUUGCAGGAGGACAUACAGACCCCAAACCCGAAGGAAUGAAUCGAUCUUAUGGCUUCUGACACCUGUUUACUGCCUUUUCGUCAUUUUUUAUCUAAUUCAGGAUGCAAUAUAGAGGUGCACUUAAAUAUUUCACAACAGCAUCUUUGGUUCUAAAUUUAACUUGCAAUCAAUUUUAAGCUAAAUUCCAAAAGUGCGAUGAACUUAAUGCAGGUUGCGACUUUUGUUGCGGAAUACCAUGGCUUGCAUGCAUUCGCUUUUCACAGCCUAAACUAACAGGGAGUCCAGAAACGCGCACUAAUUGAUCCCGCCCGGACAGUCUCGAUUCCUCCCGUUCUUGGAUGCUUCGCGGUCACGGCAUGCUGAAGAGCCGCUGUUGCGUUCUCUUCAGUGACCUCAAGGUGUUUCUGCUCGGGCCACAGGCUCCUACAAACCCCAUGAGCGGACAAACAGCCAGAAUCAGCCCGUAUGCCUCGGAUAACAACAAUACCUUACGAGCCCACCGGCUCCGGCACUGGAGUACCCCGUCCACAGAGGACGCUGUCGGGCCGGAGGCGGCUGCGGACGGAUCCGGGUGGACGGACGCCGCGGCGGAUGAGUUCCCCAAGGACCGGAGGGAUGACAGGUUCUCCUUCAUCAGCUAUGCAGAAGGAACCCCGGUGUGCAGGAUAUGCUUCCAGGGGCCGGAACAGGGUGAGCUGUUGAGCCCGUGUCGCUGCAGCGGCUCCGUUCGCAGCACUCAUCAACCGUGUCUCAUUAAGUGGAUCAGUGAAAGAGGCUCAUGGACUUGUGAACUCUGUUACUACAAGUAUCAGGUGAUCGCCAUCAGCACCAAGAACCCACUGCAGUGGCAAGCGAUUUCGCUCACCGUCAUAGAGAAGGUCCAGAUAGCGGCGGCGAUCUUGGGUUCGCUCUUCCUCAUCGCCAGUAUCUCGUGGCUGGUGUGGUCGUCUCUCAGCCCUUCGGCCAAGUGGCAACGGCAAGAUCUGCUCUUCCAGAUCUGUUACGGGAUGUACGGCUUCAUGGACGUCGUCUGUAUCGCUCUAAUCGUCCACGAGGGCCCGUCAGUUUUCCGUAUAUUCCACCGCUGGCAGGCCGUCAAUCAGCAGUGGAAAGUUUUGAACUAUGACAAGAAACGAGACAGCGAGGAGCUGAAGAAUAAUGAGGAAUGGGCGCGUUCGCUGCUCCACCAGAGGGAGCCGACAGGAGCGGACGUCUCUCCUUCACCGUCUUCACUCAUGGCUGCUGCUGGGACCCCGGUGUUCGACGUGAUCGACGGCACGACAAACACAAACACCACAGCGGCCGUGCAGGACUACCAGACUGAUGCUCUCGCUGACGGGCCGACUUUACCGGACCAACACUGUCCGUAUAACCUCCUGCAUUUACUGAGUCAUCUACGGCCGCACGAGCCACGCAGCCCAGCCAGUAACAUCAGCACAAACACCACUAAACCCAGAGAAGUGGUUAUGAGAGUUACUACUGUCUGACUGGAGGCCUCACGAUGGGACGCACAAACUCUUUUCAGCACAGAAAGACCAUAAGCACAGCGUUGGAACUGCUGGAUUAUUUAUGACUUUCAUGGAUACUGAUAAAGAACAAUAUGAGUUUUUAACCGCAUAUUUCGUGAUCUAAAGACCAAGUUGGACAGCUAAUGAAUUUAAAGGGACAGUUCACCCAAAAAAAUGGACAAUCUGUCAUUCUUUGAUGUUCUGAACAUGUAUGCAGUCAUUUUAUUUCAUGUGGAAAAGGAGAAUUUAUGAAGAAUCUUCAUGCAUAAAAACAAUAACUGAUUGUGAUCCAUGUUAAGCUUUAGAAAGCACCAUAAAAGUAUAAUAAAAAUUGUCUUUUUAUUCUGGAUUUGCAUUCUACAGUAAAAAUAACAUUUUUAGUAUUGUUGUAAUUUGGUAUCAUUGAUAUGCUAUUAUAUUUGUGUGUGUUUUUUUUCAAUUUUACAUUUUACAUUUUAGUAAAUUUGUUGUGUGUUUUAUCAACUUUAUUAGUUUAUUUUAAUAGUUUUUGUUUUAUUUAUUUUUAUUUAAUUUUUAAUUGUGGUUAUUUUAGUACUUCAACAUAAAACAUUAUGCAAUACUUUUUUAUUUUGUUGUGUUUAACAUUUUUAAUUUUUAUUUUCUUUUUAUUUUUUAAAUACGUGUAUAAAUAUAUAUCUAUAAUUAUAUUACUUUUAUUAAUUUUAUUUCAGUGAUCAUUUUAUUUAUUUUAGUACUUCAGUUAAACUAAAUGAAAAUUAAAGAUGUUGCCUUGGCAACUAACUGAAAUAAAAUAUAUAUUUAAUUUAAUUAAAAAAUUUUCCUAGUUUAUUUCAUGUUUAUUUCAAGUAAAAAUGUUUUUUUGUUUGUUUGUUUGCUGGAGGACAGGGUUAUUAUAGUUAACUAAAACUUUUUGUUACAUGAAGUAAAAUAAAUGCUAACUGAAAUAAAAUCAAAUAGUAAAAAAAAAAAUAUUCCAGGUAGUUGCCAAGUGAACAUUUCUCACUUUAAUUUAGUUUAGCUUGAUGUACUAAAAUAACUUAAACUGAAAUUAUAAUGAAUAAAAGCUACAUAGGCAUAUAAAAAAACACAAACUACUAAAAUGACAAAAACACAACAAAAUUACUAAAACUUGAACUAAAAUGAAAAUGGAAAACAUAAAAAUGUAAAAAAAUAUUAAAAAACCUGUAACAGUAUCUCAAUGAUACUAAAACAACACUUUAUUUUUGUUUCUGGGUGAACUAUCCCUUUAAACAAACACUUGUUUUACACAAUAUUUACUCAAAAAAAUUGUGCACAAUCCAUUAAAAAGGCUGAUGGUAUAUUAAUGAAAUGAUGAAUGUUUACAGUAAUGUUACCGGCGCCGCCACAGAGACGUCAAACGGAGUGUGUGGAUCAGCCCAUGACCCUUUCACUGUCCAUAAAUAAUGAGUGACAGCUGUCAGUCAUCACACAGACAGAUGGCACCCAGGACAGCAGCUCAAUCAGUUAAAAAGCACAAACUCUCUCGCGCUUUUUCUCUGCUCCUCUCGUGCUUGCUGGUAA